UUAACCGCUCCCCCCCCCCCCCCCGCCAAAUGGAGGCGGCAGGAGGGUAAGGAGGGGUGAGGACUGGGGUGCAGGAUUUGAGGAGCGGGGGCAGACGGCGUUUGGAGAGCUUUUUCCAGAAACUAUCCGGAACCCAGCGCAGUUUCUGAGAGCGCCCCAAGGGAUUUCUCAAAGAAGGCACCCCAGCAAUUGCUUUUCUUGACGACUUGCUUUUCCUCUGGCGGCACGGAGACCCACAUGCCGCUCUAAAGGCGACCACACACCCCAGCACCCAGGCUCGUUGUCGCCCUCCCGCCUGUCCUCCCGCGGAAGGGAGGGGCCCCACCCCCAACGUUGUGGGGCGCCGGUCCUAAAAGGGCGCCUACGUGUACCGCUCCUGAACACCCUCCCCCCCCCCCAGGACGCUUUCUGUAGAGUGGGGUGAAAGUCUGAGGAGAAUCGCUCUGCCACUGGCAAGAACACAAUUUUCCCGUAGCCUUCAUCUGCGCCCUCCUUUUCAUAAUGUCUUGAUUUCCCCUGUGCACCCCCGAGCCGGCUGCAGCCCUGGCUCUUGGAGCUUGAAGUGCCCUUUAAGGCUUCUCAGAGCGAACUGCCCUGCCUUCUGGUCGAAGCGCAGGGAGUGGGUUCCACUUGUCAGGGAUUAUUUUAAACUGCUACCUGCAAUUCACGCGACAUCCGACACCGGUAGCCCAGCCCGCGCGGUGACCGCCAGAGGCGAAACAGAUUAUGUCUACUUUGAGAAUUCCUCCAGUAACCCGUACCUAAUCAGAAGGAUAGAAGAACUCAACAAGACUGCGACGGGCAACGUGGAAGCAAAAGUAGUGUGCUUUUAUAGACGGCGAGAUAUUUCCAACACGCUUAUAAUGCUUGCAGACAAGCAUGCUAAAGAAAUUGAGGAAGAAUCUGAAACAACAAUUGAGGCGGACUUGACUGAUAAACAGAAACAUCAGUUGAAACAUAGAGAGCUCUUUUUGUCUCGCCAGUAUGAAUCUCUGCCUGCAACACAUAUCAGGGGAAAAUGCAGUGUUGCCCUUCUGAAUGAGACAGAGUCAGUAUUGUCAUAUCUUGAUAAAGAGGAUACCUUUUUCUACUCAUUGGUCUACGACCCUUCAGUGAAAACACUAUUAGCUGACAAAGGUGAAAUCAGAGUGGGACCUAGAUAUCAAGCAGACAUUCCAGAAAUGCUCUUAGAAGGAGAAUCCGAUGAGAGGGAACAGUCCAAAUUGGAAGUUAAAGUCUGGGAUCCAAAUAGCCCACUUACAGAUCGACAGAUUGACCAGUUUUUAGUUGUAGCACGUGCUGUUGGGACGUUUGCUCGAGCCCUUGAUUGCAGCAGUUCUGUGAGGCAGCCUAGUUUGCAUAUGAGCGCAGCUGCAGCUUCUCGAGACAUCACCCUGUUUCAUGCUAUGGAUACAUUGUAUAGGCACAGCUAUGAUUUAAGCAGUGCAAUUAGUGUCUUAGUACCACUUGGAGGGCCUGUUUUAUGCAGAGAUGAAAUGGAAGAGUGGUCAGCUUCUGAAGCUAGUUUAUUUGAAGAGGCACUGGAAAAAUAUGGCAAAGACUUCAAUGACAUACGUCAAGACUUUCUCCCUUGGAAAUCAUUGACUAGCAUCAUUGAAUAUUAUUACAUGUGGAAAACUACUGACCGAUAUGUGCAGCAGAAACGUCUAAAGGCAGCAGAAGCUGAGAGUAAACUGAAACAAGUGUAUAUCCCAACUUACAGCAAACCAAAUCCCAACCAAAUAUCCGCCAGCAAUGGCAAACCUGGUGCCGUGAAUGGAGCCGUGGGGACCACAUUCCAGCCACAGAACCCCCUCCUGGGGCGAGCCUGUGAGAGCUGCUACGCUACACAGUCUCAUCAGUGGUAUUCUUGGGGCCCACCUAAUAUGCAGUGUAGAUUGUGUGCAACCUGUUGGCUCUAUUGGAAAAAAUAUGGAGGCCUGAAAAUGCCCACCCAGUCAGAAGAAGAGAAGUUAUCUCCCAGCCCAACUACAGAGGACCCUCGUGUCAGGAGUCAUGUGUCUCGCCAGGCCAUGCAGGGGAUGCCAGUUCGAAACACUGGGAGCCCCAAGUCUGCAGUGAAGACCCGCCAAGCUUUCUUCCUUCACACUACAUAUUUCACAAAAUUUGCUCGUCAGGUCUGCAAAAAUACCCUUCGGCUGCGGCAGGCAGCAAGACGGCCGUUUGUUCCUAUUAAUUAUGCUGCCAUUAGGGCAGAAUAUGCAGACAGACAUGCCGAACUAUCUGGAAGCCCACUGAAAAGCAAAAGCACUAGGAAACCUUUGGCAUGUAUCAUUGGGUACUUAGAGAUCCAUCCUUCGAAGAAACCUAAUGUCAUUCGAUCUACACCAAGCCUGCAAACCCCCACUACCAAGCGGAUGCUAACCACCCCAAAUCACACGUCUCUGAGCAUUUUGGGGAAAAGGAACUACAGUCAUCACAAUGGCCUGGAUGAAUUCACAUGCUGCGUGUCGGACUGAGCUAUCCCUGUUUCAUCCUAUAAGCCAAGACUCGCUACACUGUCCUGCUGAUGUUCACAGUCGUGCCUGGGAAGGAGGCAGCCCCAUUUCCAGUCCAUCUCAGUGGGAGACAGACACAUGUGCCCCCUGGAGACUCGGUGGGGCAGGGGAAGAAACUGUGGGAGUGCACGUCCCCAAAGCUGCAUCUCCAUGUGUGAAUCCGUGUCACCUCGCUUUCCUCUCAGAGACCUCGCUGUCCCACGGCGGGACCUGCCUGAAAAUUGAGGGGACGAGGGAGCCCCUGCACCUCCUCCUUCUCUAGCCCUCUGCUCCUAGGCCCAGCGGCUCCUCGGGCAGCGGGGCUGCUGAGAGCUCAGAUCUGCGGCUGCCCUGCAUGUGUCCGCUCAGCCCUGUCGUAGACACCACGAUGGUGUACAGGAGGGACAUGGCAUCUUUCUGAAUGGAUUUUUCUUAAGAAAUGUGCCGGUGUUUAUGCCGUUCAUGAUAUCCCCCCAUCCUUGCCAUUACUGUCACUUGGCUUUCUCUCAAUAGGCUUCAUCUUUAUAUUUUUUAACGGGGAAAUUUUGCUCCCACCCCUGCAUUCUAUAUUCGGCUCCCCCUCCUCCACCCUUCCUAGGUACAGAAUUAUGAGAUUCUGACAGAAAAAUAAGAAAAUCGUUUUUGGUAAGCCUGUGAGCUCUUCACAUCACGUGUAUUCUAUUGUCGGAGAGAGGCUGGUGUCCUGCUUGGUUCUCCCUGGUCUCAGCUCCAGCAAGAGCAGGUGUUUAAACGGAGUCGAGCGUGUAUAUCACUGUGACAAGCCAUUCGUGUACUGCCCUGUUCCCUUACAGCCCAGCCAGCCGCCAAGGACUUGCAGCCAGGUUGGUCCUUCCACGAGUCACAAAUCACCCAGGUUUGCUUUAAGCAGACGGAAUCUGUUUGGCCUACGAGGGUGAAGUGAGAGAUCUGUGUGUGCAGGUGAGUGUGUAUGUAUGACCACGAGCCCCCCACCUUUCUGGCCCAGACAGUUCUGUGAGCACAUGUGCCUAGGCCCCGGGAGACGUGCCUGUGACCCGGUUUUCCCUGGCUUGGGCUCUUCCUGUCUGCCCUCAGCACCAGCCCUCGCUGGCACGGCAGGCUGGCCAUUCUGCGGCUCUGUGCACACAGCCGCAGGGGCAGGAAUAGCUUAGUGCCCCACACCCCCCCCAGGCACAUGAGUCUGGCCACUCCCCUGUCCUCCAUUUCAGGGACAGGCUGCAGGGCACAGGCUCACGGCACCGUGAAGGAAAACUGGAGUCUGGCCUUCCAGCUGUCCCUGGGGUCUGCAGCUGGAUGAAUGGCCAGACAGCCAGGUGGUGGCAGGACAGAAUGACUACAAUUGAGUUGACACUCCCCCCUACCUCCACCCCCCCCCCCCCCUGACCUCCCAAGCAGAGUGCAGUAUCGCUAAAAUGACGACACUGUAGACAUCCAGAUCCUCAGAGGCUGGGUUCAGCUCAGCAAAGAGAACACAGUGGAUGACGGCUGAAGGCGAUGCCGAGAGAUCGAGCUGCCUUUUCCCUCCAGUUCUGCAGCCAGCAUGGCUUCUCUUCUCAGGAGCUGCUUCUCACCUUUGGCAUUUGCAAGGGUGACCUGGGGAUGUUCUCACCACUACCAACUCUUGGAGCUGUUUUGGCUUGUGGCUUGGGGCCCCGAUGGAAGGCCUGUGUCAGAGGUGUCCAGGGAGCAGGGCGGAGGUGAUAGGCAUCGCCCUCAGGGUUCCCUGCAGAGAAGCCCCCUCCAAAAAGCCCUGGGAGAAGAGGCAACUGGCACUCUGCCUCCCAUGCCACAUGGUGUGUUCUCUCUAAAGAAAGACAUGGGAAGGCCGUCUUGUGUCCCGCCCUGGAUUUAUUGUCACACACGGACACAGAAGGUGCAAUGGCCCCCUGGCCCUUACGCGCACUUCUCCUGACCCAUGUGAUAUGUGACUGUUGAUUAGAGAAAAGUCUGCUGCCCAUGACUCUGCUGCCAGCUUCCUUCUCUCUGCCUGUUGGGAGAGUCCCUCCUCACCCAGGCCUAGGAGAUUUGGAGUUGGGGGCCAAGCCUGGUCUGAAAGGAGAACAGAGAAGCCCACCCACCCCAGUUGUAGCUCCCAUUUAGCUCUGGGACACAUGCAGUUUGCAUUGAGCCACAUGUACCAAGAAAGCUCUUCACCUUGUAGUAAGAACUCCAGGUUCUGCAGCCCCAUCCUCCUACAAAGAGGCCGUUGACGAAGAUCUUACGUUCCCAUUUCAUCUCUGGAAAGUUCCCAGCAUUCUGAUUGAACACUCCAGGGACUGGAGGAACGACACCCAGGAGCCUCUACCCUUUGCCUUGGCCGUUCUGAGCAGUUGGUGCUGAGAGGGUUUCCCAGCCACCCUGUUCCUGGGGCCCGAGUGUCACCAUUGUGCAGUGAGCUUGUGGGGUGGGCAUGUGGGAUCCGUCUGCACGGCCACAGCAGACGUGCCCAGUGGCACUCGCUGUGCUGAGCCUGAUCUGUGUUCCCUUGGUUGAAGACACAGAAGUUCACAAGCCAUCUUCCCCCUCUGCCAUCACCACCUGCCCACUCCUAGAGAUGGUGUCAAAGAGGAGGACAGACUGGUUUUCAGCCCGCCUCUCACAGCUGUACCUUGCCCACAGCCCCGUUUCUAUCAGUCAGCGUCCAACUGGGGAAACAGAAGCCACUCCAAGUAUUUAAAACAGAGGAGCUUUAAUCCAGAGAACUGUUGAACACAGAAACAAGAAGAGCGGAGAGGCCGAACAGGAGAAUGAGGGGCAGCCCAGAGGUGGAGAACGACAGCAGGAAACUGCCACCACCCGAAGCUGGUGGGACAUGGGGAGAGGCUAUGUUACGAGAGCAUGGGGACUAGAGCCACUGGGAGGAACUGGGGCCCACAGAGGCCGAUCUCGUGGGAGCUGGGGCCAUGGGGAGGCAUGGUCCCUGCCGGAAAGGUCCCUGCUCCCCAGGUGUGGGGGACAAAUAGCCUGGCUUCUGCUUUCCUCGUGCUCUGCAGUUUCUUCAGGUGCCUCUCGUUAGUUAAACCCCACUGGAAGCCAGAUGACCUGGGGUCCCAGGAGAAGCUCGCUGCAGUGGUCAGGCCCACCACUCAGAGCAGAGCGGGGGAGGUAGAGGAGAGGGUCUGAGGGCAAGCAGGCUGGGAUGUGUGUGGCCUCUGUCUGCCCUGUGUCAUGUCCAGCCUGGUGUUUAUGUCCCCAUGCUAUCCUAAGACCCCGGUGAGGGUAGACAGAGGAGCUGCCCCUGUGGGGGGUUCAUAGACUCUCACUCACCUAGAGAGGAGAAUGCUUUUGGAAGGGAGGGGGGAAAGCCUUUAUUCUUAACGGCUGUCCCUGUUUUCCUUUGGGGGAAUUUACGCAUUUAGCAAUCCCACCUCACCAUUCCCCUCAGGAAAGCCAUGUCCUAGUUUUCUGUCCAUCCCUCCCCUCCAUUCCCUCUGUCCCCAAUUUCUGAUUUUCCCUGCCAGAGGACACUAGCCUGGACCAUGCAUCAGUGGUCAUGAGUGUUUCCCCAGGAUAAUUCAUUCAGAGCGUGAUAUUGCAGUGUGGACUGUCUGUCUGUAAGUAGAUGCCGUCUACUGAUCAGUUUGUAUCGUGUUUCCAAUAAAUUUCUGGAGAUUA